AUUCAUUCGAUUCGAAUCGAAUCAUUCGAAACAAAACGAAUGGCAAAUAAAACAUUAUUUCUUACAAUCAAUCGUCCAUCACCAGCAACAAAUUGGGGAUUUGAAUUUAUCGAAACCGAACAUAAACGUUUGGGUUCGAUUUUGGUCGUACAAAAUGUUGCAUCUUCAAGCCCUGCAUACGAAGCUGGUCUUUUACCAGGUGAUAUAUUGAUUGGUAUUGAUAAUUCACCAAUAACUGGCCGCCCAUUAACAUAUUCAAUUGCAAUCGAAUUGAUUGGACAUAAAACAAGAAAUCAAAUUGAAUUACAAAUACUUCGUGAUCCAAAGAAUCGUGUUAGAAAAUUAAAGACAUAUAAUAUCACGAAUAGUGAAGCAUUUCGUCCAAUCAUGAUGAAUCGUGGUGUCAUUCCUAGUGUUGCCCAAAUGGAUAGUGGUAUCCGUAUGCCUGAUAAUAAUAUUGAACAAUUUUUGAAUGAAAAAGCACGUGAACAAUGGGCAAUCACUAAACAGACUUAUCGUAGUAUACCGAUAAUUGAACCUAAACCAAAAGUACGACGUGAUUGGCCAACGGGUUCAUAUCUCAAAUAUAUGGAAGGUCCUGGUUGGCAUGAUCCACCUAAACAUAUUAUGGUUCAAGAAGGAAAAUUUAAACUUCUUAAUCAAUUAGGAUCGACUGAUGGUUCACCGGUUCAUCGUCAAUAUAAUUCACCAAUUAAUCUUUAUAGUGAAAAUAAUUUACAAAAUUCAAUCAAUCUUGGUUCAACUGGAUCAAGCAUUAGUCCACAACCAGUGUAUAAAUUGACAACAACAAAACCGGAAACGAUUGAUAUAACAAAUUCACCCACCUAUCGAUUCUUGCAAGAGGAACGAAUUCAACAACAUCGUCCACCAACAACAACAUAUUCGGCAUUUAAUCGUACAUCACCGGAACCACAACAAACACCAUAUUUUAAAACAUUAAUGCAUACAUUGAAUGUAUCAUAGAUAAUG